UUGUGUCUGGCCGCGUCUGAAGAAGCGACUUUUCCGCUUUGCAACCAUGUGCCACCGUCAUGGCGGCGGCCACGGAUGGGGUAGUGUACGAUACCCUUAACUUGUAUAGCACGCCUGAAAGGUACAUCAUUGAGCCAGCAAAUUCGUCAGAUAAGAGCCUUGUUAUUGACAGGGUGUCCCGGGAGAUCUCCCUGUCAGCUAAGCCUGACAUUCCUCCACACGCUGUAAAGAGAACAAUUUAUGGCAUUGUUGGCAUUAUCCAUCUGCUUGCAGGCCCGUACUUGAUUGUGAUUGUUGAACGGCGAAAAGUUGGUGAUAUCAACGGCCAAGCGGUAUGGCGAAUAAAAGCAACUGAAGCAUAUUCCUUUACAAGAACGUCAUUACAUCUUACUGAGCAACAGAACCAGUACAACAAGCAGUACACUGCUAUGGUCCAAGAUGUGUUGAGCACGCCAAACUUCUACUACUCUACUACUUAUGACUUGAGCCACACUCUGCAAAAACUGUACAACACAACACCUGACUUCCUUCAGAUGGGGCUCAUGGAAAGAGCAGAUCAGAGAUUUGUGUGGAACCACCAUUUGAUGAGUGAGUUCAGCAACCAAGUAGAGCUGCGGAAGUUCUGCCUUCCAAUAAUUCAUGGAUUUAUUUACAUCAAGCCAUGUGCCAUCAACGGUCAUGGUUUCACAUUUGCACUCAUUUCACGCCGCAGUUGCUAUAGGGCAGGCACACGCAUGUUCAUGAGGGGCUUGGACAGUGAAGGUCAUGCUGCGAAUUUUGUUGAAACUGAGCAGAUCGUAGAAGGAGACAGUGCACGGAGCUCGUUUGUUCAGACAAGGGGCUCAAUUCCUUUGUUUUGGUCCCAAUUGCCUAACCUGAGGUACAAGCCUUCUCCAACCCUGACUACCGGGCUCAACCAUCUUGAAGCAUUCCAGAAACACUUUGACAAUCAGAUUUAUACAUAUGGAAAUCAAGUAAUAGUCAGUCUGAUUGACCAGAACGGCCCUGAGAGGACGUUAGGAAGGCAGCUGCAAGAAGUGGUGAACCUUGCCAACAACCCGAAAAUCAAAUAUGAGGCCUUUGACUUUCAUCAGGAAUGCAAGAAGAUGCGGUGGGACCGCCUCUCCAUACUAAUGGACAGAAUUUCUCAGGACCAAGAUUCUUAUGGGUACUUCAUGAUGCUUUACGAUAGCUCAGCACCUAGGCUACAGACUGGGGUGUUUCGCACAAAUUGUAUUGACUGCUUGGACCGGACGAAUGUUGUGCAGUCACUCCUUGCGAGGCGAAGCCUUGAACAACAGCUUCUGCGAAUGGGUAUCCUUGCGCCUGGAGAAACCAUAAAGCAGCACCCUGGUUUUGAAGCCCUCUACAAGAACGUCUGGGCAGACAAUGGCGAUUUCUGCAGCAUCCAGUAUGCAGGCACCGGAGCCCUCAAGACUGACUAUACAAGGACUGGGAAACGCACCAUCUUUGGAGCAAUGAAAGAUGGCUACAACUCUGGUGUCCGCUACAUCAAGAACAAUUUCUAUGAUGGCUUCAGGCAGGAUGCCAUUGAUCUAUUCCUUGGAAACUACCGGGUCCAAGAAGGUGAAGGGGCAACUGUUUCUUGUCCACUUAAGGUUCACAGGGAAGGAAAGUACUGGCUGCUACCAUGCUUUAUGAUGUUUGCCUUUGCUUGCUGCCUUUAUUGUCUCUGCUUCUUGGGAGUUUACACAAAAGAGUACUUCCUGUACUUUUUGUUCUGGGUGGCAAUGACUAUCCUGACUUUUAUGGCCGUAGUGUACUAUGGCACUGAGUUUGUGGACUAUCCAAAGCUGCGUGAGCUUUCACCUAGCAGAAGGUGGACCUUCUCACAUCUCGUGACACAGAAAGAAGAUAGAACGUGGGAGAUAUAAUGAAAAUUUUUUCAUAUUUUCUACAAGAAA